CACACUACGAGACUUUUAUGCAUCAACGAGAAAUCCGUGAACAGCGUCGUUCGUACUUCGUCCAUUGUGUCGAAAUAUCUUUGAAAAAUGGGGAGAAAAAAGAAGAAGCCGAUGAGACCCUGGUGUUGGUACUGUAACAGGAGUUUUGAAGAUGAAAAGGUCUUAAUAUUUCACCAGAAAACCAAGCAUUUUAAGUGCCACAUUUGUUACAAGAAGCUAUACACUGGGCCAGGAUUAGUAAUACAUUGCAUGCAGGUUCAUAAAGAGAAUAUAGACAAGGUUCCCAAUGCCCUACCUCACAGACAAGAUACUGAAGUGGAGAUCUAUGGAAUGGAAGGUAUUCCUGAGAAAGAUUUAUUAGACCAUCAAAGACAACUAGCACAACAAGCCAGCAAGCACUCAGGUGGUGGUGGUGGAGGGGGAGGUGCGUCAGGUGGUGGUGGUGGUGAUAAACCCGGUCCUAGCAGCCAGCCCCAGGUAGGAGCAACACCAGGCUCGGGGGUACCAGCAGGGGUACCAGCUAUGCCAGGAAUGCCCCAAAUGCCUGGUAUGCCCGGGAUGCCUGGUAUGCCUGGCAUGCCACCCAGAGGAGCCAUGAGUAUACCUGGCAUACCGGAGAUGCCCCCACCCCCUAUGCCGCCGGCAGGAUUCCCCGCUAUACCCCCUAUUCCAGGGAUGCCUCCCUUCAUUCCACCAGGGAUGCCCAUGAGAUUUCCUGGGUCUCCGAUGCUUCCAAGGCAUCAUCCUAGGAUGCCAAUGCCACCCAUGCCUCCCCAGGCCAUGAUGCCCAUGGUUGCAGGUCACCCUGGGGCUCACCCUGGAGCUCACCCUGGAGCUCAGGUGCCCAUGUCCACCGCCUCAGCAGCAGCUAGGAUGCCUCCCAUGUCUACAGCCAUGCCAUCAAUACCUCCCAUGCAGGCUGUGUCGGUCGCAGCUACACCUUCGUCUCGUCCUCCUCCGGCCCCGCCUACUGCCAAGCCUCUCUUCCCCAGUGCUGCUGCAACGGCUACAUCAGCGGCUAGUUCACCAGGUCCUAGUGGUUUCUCAAGGCCGGACAUCGUAGCACCUCCCAUGGCACCAUCCAAACCAACAUUCCCAGCAGCAGCAACAGCAGCAUCUGCCCCACCCAAACCAGCUCCACCACCAGCUGCAUCUGUUCCAUCAUCAUCAGCAUCGUCAUCAUCGCAGCAGCCACCUGACCCUAAGCCUCCUGCGUCCAGGACAGCAGGUGGCAGUAAGGGCAAGGCCAGCACUAUCAACACAAGUUCAAAUAGUAAUAUUAUACAUCCAGAUGAUGAACGGUCAUUGGAAGAGAUACGAUCCAGGGAAGAGAAGUAUAAGAAGGUCGCACCUGUGGUUCCAACGUUACCACCCCCACCACAGCCCCCUACACUUCCUACAUCGAUAGCCCCGCCCUCCUCUGCACCUCAGCAGCAGCAGCCACCGCCCCAAGCACCACCCCAGCCAAGCAUAGGGAACAUGAUGGGUGGUGGGCAGAUGCACCCCUCUAUGAGGCUUCCAAUGCAGAUGGGUCAUCAAGGUCACAUGGGUAUGCCUCCACAACGUAUGAUGCAAAUGGACCAAAGAGGUGGUGGUUUACCUCCAAACAUGCCUCAAUUCAUGCCUUCAGGACCCUAUCCAGGCAUGCCAGGGAUGGGUAUGAACGGUGUACCCGGUAUGCACGGGGGACGCCCACCUAAUAUGCCCCCUAACAUGCACCCUGGUAUGCCCCCCAACAUGCCCCCUCAUAUGAUGCCUGGUAGAGGAGGCGGCGGGGGCCAGAUGUACUGAGGAAGGGAUCAGCAGCUCCGGUCGGUCAGUCGUAGCAGGGAAGGAGGAAGAAGACCAGCUUGAGAAGGUUGGACUUAAAAUGUACAUAGUUUGGUUUUCGUAAUUCCAGAUUAAUCAUCACUUCUCUGUGCCCGUAACAUGUCCUCUUUUUGAUGCACACCCAGAAGCUUAAUGUGAUGUGAACCAUAGACGGUACCAACUAUCUCAUGUACACGGAGAACCUGCAUGAUUGCACCGUGUCUCUGCGCUCUCACCAGACAUUGUUGAACAUCUCUGCAACUCAGGUUUGAGAUAAAGUCCGUAUGAUUACGAUUCGAACCCUUGUCAGAUGGUGAUGGACUUUUCUGCAAUGCAGGUUUGAGAUAUAAUCUGUAUUUUUUUUAAAAGAACUCUUGCCGGACCAUCAGCCGCAUCAAGAUUUCAGGUUUGUCAGAUCUGAUGUACAUAUUGCAUAAACCUGUAGUUAUCGUAGCAAGAGUUCAUGUCUGUAGCUUUCUAUAUAUGGGAGGAGUACUUCUUUUGCUGACACAAACUGGAAAUAUUGUUAUACCUUGGUCACACCGCAACCUGAUUCCAAACCGACUGAUUCUUGGUUGUUUGGGGUAACAUAUAUUUUUCUUUGGGUUAUCGUUGGUUUGUUUUCGGUCUAGUUGGUGUGACCGAGAUAUGACCCUAGUUCAGUCCUUGAUUUGAUUUUGAUGAUGAUCUCUCGAGGCUUGUACAGUUUUUAUUGUUUAAAUGAAAAUAAUAAUUGUGAGGCCCUGUGUAGAAUAUCAUCUCAAUAAAAUAGGAAGUUCUUUGGCCAUUUUCUGUAGGCAAAGAACACUGCCCUUUGUUUUGAUUACACAAUGGCCAAGAACAUGCCAAAGAAACUCAUUCAUCUACAUGAUAAUGCUCUGUCAUGGGUUAGGUUGUCAAAAUGAAAGGUAAUAAUCAUUUUUAAAAUAAAAUGCACAUCCCACAAAUGUUCCUUUACAUCAUAAAAUCAACUUUGGCUGUCAAGAAAAAGCCUUGCAUGUUUCAAUUUAAAAGUUUAGUGUCAUCAAAUGUCUUACAACCUCCGAAUCAUUGAUUAGAAAUGUGAUAGUGCCAACUAUGGGGUAAAUAAUUUUAAUUAUGUUUUGAUGCAUCAUUCAAACUCAGUUGUUAAUGUCAGUCCAUCUUGCUGAUAUACAGAUGGCUCUUAUGAUAAUGCUUAUACAAUUUUAAAUUAAAUUUUAUUUAAAAACCUAAAUUAUGUUCCUAAAUCUAAAUCCAAAGUAUAAGAAGCUCAUUUAAUUUAUAGGCAAAGAAAGCAUUGUUAGGGCAUGUAAUUUAACUCUUAAAAAGAAGAAGGAAGUUUUCAUUAAAUCAUUCUGUUUUUUUAAUAAAUCUUAAGUGAUGAAAUGAAAUUUUAUUUUAUGCUAUUAAUUGAGAUUUGUGUGCUCAGUGUCUCCACAACGAGUAAGUACAUCAAUUGGAAUUUUUUGAGAAUGUGUGUUCUUAGCAUUGUCAUCUCAAUUUUUGUAAUAUCUUUCUGAAUUUGUGCAUGUGAUGCGGCCACCAUGUAAAUACCAUUAGAAUGCUUAUAAUACUUUGUCAUGAAUUCAGUACGUAUUUUGACGUUUGCAUCCAUUUCAGUUGUAUUGUUUAACAAGUGACUCUUUUACAAUGGAAACUCUGUAUAGAGAGUUCUGACAUAACAAGAUACCUUGACUCAUUUACAGUGGAAACUCUGUAUAAAGAGUUCUGACAUACGAUACCUGGGGGGUGUUUCACAAAGAUCCUUAGUUGAACUUAUCUCUAAGUUGGACUUAAAAAUUUUGGAAAGCUGUUUAUAGCAUCUUUGAAAAUAUUUUGUAAAAAAUAUUUUAAAAGGCAUAAAAUGUUAAUUCAAAUCAUUCACAUUUUCUAUAAUCAAGGAAAUUUCUUGUUCUUGAUGUGUAAUUUAUGAAAAGUCUAAAAUACUUGCAUUUUUUGUUUGAAUGUAUUUUAUUAUAUGGCUACAAAUGGCUCUCCAUAAUAUUUAAGUCCAAUUUAGAGUUAAGUUUAACUUAGGAUUUUUGUGAAACAUCUCCCUGAUAUAACAAGGCCAAUUUUGCUGACCCUGGCUCUUUAGUUGCCUCUAUGGUUUUUACCCUGAUAUAACUAGGUAAUUUUUAAUGGCCAUUGUCCUCAUUAUGACAGGUUUCCACUGUAGCUGUGCAAUCAUGUUUAAUAGGUCACUUUUGUAAUGUAAUCAAACCAACCAUAAUUUUUGUCCUACCUAGCAACAAUUAAUGUAUGUAAUUCGCAUUCUGACUAUUGAAAUAUAAUUAUUCGUAACGGGUGAAUCAAAUAAUUUGUUAAAUGGCACUUACAAAGAUUUGUGCUUUAAAUUUGAUUACAUUACGAAAAUGGGCUAUUGAUAUUUUCUGAGUCCAUAUUAUCAUGAAAUAAUCUUCUUUAUCUAGCUGAUUAAGGUAUUGGCUUCUGUGAAUCUGGAAAUGAUUGUUAAUGUAUAAUUUGAGAUUCUUGUUCAUCAUUGUUGAACAGAGAAACAAAAUCUUUGAAAGGAUGCAAUACAAGAGAUGAAAUGUUGUUGAGCGCACUCAGCUGGGUACAAAUGGUAAGUGUUUUCUGACAAGGUAGGACAAUGCUUUUGAUGAUUAUGUUAUAUUAUUAAGACGUGGGUAUCUGCAGAUUAAUGUCUGCCAUUAAAUUCAGAAUAGAAGAAUUCACAGCCCAUGAAGUUCAAUUGAAAACUUCUGCAAUAUUAUUUUGCAUCAUAACUACAAGACAUUUCAUGUUAAAGCACCUUUUGUAUAGCCUUACGUUGCCAUGACACUGACAUCAAGAGAAUAUAAUUUGCAAAUUACACUUUCCAUUCUGGCAUCAAAUUAUUUUCAUAACGUGCUUAAAAAAGUAACAAAGAAAUAUCUUAUUGUAUUGGCAGUAAGAUUUUGGGACAUUCCAGUUGUAUAUCUUUGAUUUUCACUCACCUUAUUUGAUGUGAUUUCAUUGCAAUUUCAUGUAACAAUAUUGGAUGGCAAUUCUGCAUCACUAUUAGACAAAGACAUCAACAGAUGCAUAUACUUUUUUACUCUCAUUUUGGGUAUGAGAUUAUAACAACCCCUCUCAAAAGUAAUCCAGUCUUUAGCUGUGCAUGAAUUAUUUUGUUAUUUUUAUUCAAUUUAAACACUAAAUUGUGCAUGAGGAAACUGCUUAGCGAGGCAUGUCAAUUAAAGAUAGUACCGGUAAACGUUAUUUUAAGAUUUCAUUACAAGCUGUCCAUUUUAUAGCAGUUUACUACAUUGCAUUGGCACAGGUAGGGAGAGUUGGAAGUGUUGAUAAAAAUAAAAUGUACAGUAUAUGUUUUUCAUAUGUUGUAAAUGUAUUUCCAACAAAUUUUCUCCUUUUCAUUGAUCUGGUCAUCAUGGAUAUCGCUUCCCUUGUGAAACAUAACCAAGUGAAGUGUAUAACUAGCCAAAGAUAAAUUCAACAUUUUACUUAAGAAUCUUUAGGCAUAAAAACUUCUUAUUUCGUAAAUAUUAGAAUUUGCACAAUGUUCAUUUAAUGUGAUUAUGAAUUGCCCUUCCCAGUGUAUUUUAAGCCAGCCAGAGUCGUAUGUUGUUUUAAUUACCUGUUGAUACCUUUCUUGUAUAUUUGCAUGUUUAUAACCAUAUUGUAUGUUGACUGAGAGCAUAAGAUGUAUUAUCCAGCCUCGAGAGACAGGUUUGAAUGACCCUUUCUUAUCAUGUUAUUUUUUUCUUCUUUGUGCCUCAAUGGUCUUUAACAAAUCCAUCGCGUAAAAUUAUUUCUUUGUAUGUGUAUAGCAGAAUUUGUGAAUAAAGAAUUCAGUCUUUAUUAAAGUUGUAA